AUGGCUGUUGCACAAAAGAAAAAUCUUCACUUUGUCGAAAACUUUGGGUUGAGUGGAGCUGCAGCUAUCAUAUCCAAGACUGCGGCUGCCCCCAUUGAACGCGUGAAGCUUCUUGUUCAAAACCAGGAUGAAAUGAUCAAGGCUGGCAGACUUGAUACUCCAUACAAAGGUGUCAUCGAUUGCACAGCCAGGACGUACAAGGCAGAAGGACUUGUUUCCUUUUGGAGGGGCAAUCUGGCCAACUGCAUCAGAUAUUUCCCGACGCAAGCUCUGAACUUUGCCUUUAAAGAUCAAAUCAAAGCCCUGUUUAAGCCAAAGAAGUCUGACAGCUAUGCCACUAAGUUCUCCAAGAACAUAGCCUCUGGUGGAGCUGCAGGAGCCAUGUCGUUGCUCUUUGUUUACUCCCUUGACUAUGCACGAACCCGCCUGGCAAACGAUGCUAAGUCAGCUGGAAAAGGUUCUGAGCGUCAAUUCAAUGGUCUCAUUGAUGUUUACCGCAAGACCCUUGCAAGUGAUGGCAUUGUUGGACUCUACCGAGGCUUUGUCAUUUCGUGUGUGGGAAUUGUUGUAUACCGUGGGUUCUACUUUGGCUUGUAUGACACCUUGAAGCCAAUCCUGUUAGGUGAUGACGCCCCCUUGGUUCUGUCCUUCAUUCUGGGUUAUGCAGUGACGGUGAGUUCUGGUUUGGCUUCCUACCCAAUUGAUACCAUCCGCCGACGCAUGAUGAUGACAUCUGGCCAGGCAGUGAAGUACAAGGGCUCCAUUGAUUGCACUGUCCAGAUUUUGAAGAAUGAAGGCUUCAUGUCCUUGAUGAAGGGUGCUGGAGCUAACAUCCUCCGUGGCAUGGCUGGAGCUGGUGUCUUGGCUGGUUUUGACAAGUUCAAAGAACUGUAUGUUGGCUGGCGUUUUGAUGACUAAGACAUCUAAAAUCAAGGAUUGGUGUCUUUAAGGUUAUCCUGAAGCCUUUGUAAAUAACAUCUGACCACCCUCUGGAAGAUUUUCAUUCUAAAUUGGUGCAAUAAUAUAACUGGACUGACUAUGUUGGAAGAUGGGAGGAAAUCUCAUUCUUUUGCAAAUGUAUAUUCUCAUUAAAAUUCAGCUUCAAAACUGAGUUGAAUCUCCAGAUUUUUUUUCAUAAUUAACCGUCAUGGGUUGUCAGUCUAUUUCCAAACUAUCCUAUUUCUUUCAACUUCUUUGUGAGUUACUGGCAUGAGAUUUUUAUCCUGAAAGUAUCAGGAUUUUUUAAGAAGACCAACCAGAUCUGAGGACAUCGAAAGAUUUCCGAUGACACUCAAAAGAUUUUGGAAGAUGUUUUGAGCAUAUCCCGCAACCAGUCUAAGGAUGUGUUUCACCAAACAUUAAGCCGUCUCUAG